AUGCGUUUAACGUUUGUAUUAUUUGUGUUUUCGUUGUCAUCAGUUUAUAGUGAGACAUUUCAAUUACCUGUACUUGAAAAUAUAGAAGAUCAUAUUGGAAAACUUUGGACAAAUUUCAAGAACGGUUAUGGCAUUAUUUAUAAUACAUCAGUGGAAGAAGUGCACCGAUUUAAUAUAUUUUAUAAAAAUGUUAAAAUGAUCAUUCAACACAAUCUUGAACAUGAUCUUGGCCUUCAUACAUAUCGAAUGGGCGUAAAUAAAUAUGCUGCUCUUUCAAAUGAAGAAUUUAGAAAUACAUUAAAUGGUUAUCGGCGUCAAAAAAAACAUCAUAAUCAAUAUUUAGAUAUACGUCGUCUACAAAUUCCAGCUUCACCUUAUGUUAAUAUACCUGUUUCUGUUGAUUGGAGAGAUCAAGGUAUUGUUACUGCAGUCAAAGAUCAAGGACAAUGUGGCAGUUGUUGGGCAUUUAGUUCUACUGGUGCACUCGAAAGUCAUCAUGCUCGUUCGACUGGUAAAUUGGUUAGUUUAAGUGAACAACAGUUGGUUGAUUGUUCAACAAAUUGGGGAAACAAUGGUUGUGAAGGUGGAUUAAUGGAUAAUGCAUUCAAAUAUGUUCACGAUAACAAAGGUAUUGAUGAUGAAGUGACAUAUCCAUAUCAGGGAAAGGAUCAAGCAUCAUGUAAAUUUCGUCGAUCAUCUGUUGCAUCAACAUGUGAUGGAUUUGUUGAUAUACCAGAAGGAAACGAAACAGCUUUACAACAAGCACUUGCAUUAGAAGGACCCGUAUCUGUUGCAAUUGACGCCAGUCAAAAAUCGUUUCAAUUUUAUACAUCAGGUGUUUACUCUGAACCAAAAUGUUCAUCGGAAGAGCUUGAUCAUGGUGUUUUAGCUGUUGGCUAUGGCGUUGCUAAUGAUCCCGUUAAAGGAAAGCAAGAAUAUUAUAUUGUCAAAAAUAGUUGGACAGAACAUUGGGGUGAUAAGGGUUAUAUUAAAAUGGCACGAAAUAAAAAGAAUAUGUGUGGAAUAGCAUCGGCGGCAUCCUAUCCCAUUCGUCUGAAACAUGGUGGUGGUGUUGUUAAUCCACUAUUUAUUCUUGAAACUAAAUCUAUUUUAAAUGAAAAUAAAUCAGAAUUAAUAUUAAAAAUAUCCAAUACUCAUCGCUAUUGGAAACAUUGCCGUACAACAAAUGAAGUAUCUGUUAUGAACUAUUUACGUGAACAUACAACUAUUCCUAUUUCAAAAAUUAUUAGUUAUUCAUGUCAGUCAUCAACGAGUGGUCUUGGAUGUGAAUAUAUUUUAAUGGAAAAAGUACACGGUAAUCGAUUAGAUCUUGUUAUUGAACAAAUGACCAAUGAUGCUUUAACAAGAACAGUAAAAGAAAUGGUCAUAUUUAUCAAACAGCUACAUAACUUAACACUUUGUAAAAAUUUAAUAGGAAGUUUCUUACAUGACAUGUCAGUCGCUGGUUUAAUUCAAGAUGGACCACCAUUAGGACCAUUUGCAAGUGUCAAAGAAUUAAUUAUUAAUCAUUUACAAUGGUCAAUUGAACGAAUACGAGCAGAUAAUAAUUUAUUACUACCAGCAAAACAUUUAAUACCACAAUUAGAAUCGGUUAUCAUGCGUGUUUCUAAAGAUGAUUAUCUAUCUACAAUAAAAUCAUUUUUCAUGGCUCAUGCCGAUUUAAAUCCGUCUAAUAUUUUUGUUGAUCAAACAUCUGGUCAAAUAUUAGCUGUUCUUGAUUGGGAACAUUCUUGUAUGACAUUUAUCGAGACAGAUAAUGAAUUUUACACAAUGUGGUUUAAUGAUAAUGAACAGUGUGAACAAAUGAAACUACUUGUAGAACAACUCGGUUUAACUUUAUCACCAAAUUUUAUUUCAAUACAACCAUUAUUAGACAUAAUGUAUCCAGCUGUAUGGUUGGGUUUUUAUUCCAGUUCAUGGUUCGAAAAAAAUGAAGAACUAGUAGUAACUUAUGUUAAUGAAAAUAUAAAACUUGUUGACGAAGCUAUAAAUUUGUUAACUAUUUAA